AUGGCUAGUGUCAAAACAACCAUGCUGAUCCUCUUUGUAGCAAUGGUCAUUGCAUCUUGUGCCUCGGCCAUGGACAUGUCCGUGGUUUCUUACGACAACAACUACCACAAAGCUGAAGCAUCUUUAAUCUUUGAGUCAUGGAUGGUCAAACAUGGGAAAGUGUACGAGUCCGUAGCCGAGAAGGAGCGUCGUUUGGUUAUUUUCGUGGACAACCUCCGUUUUAUCAAUAACCGGAACGCUGAGAAUCUUAGUUAUCGGCUCGGUUUGACCCGGUUUGCGGAUUUAUCUCACCAUGAGUACGAAGAAGUUUGCCACGGGGCUGAUCCAAGACCUCGUAGUAACCACGUCUUCAUGAAGAGCAGCGAUAGAUACAAGACUAGUGCUGGUGAUGUGCUUCCUAAGUCUGUUGACUGGAGAAGAGAAGGCGCCGUGACUGAAGUGAAAGAUCAAGGCCAUUGUAGGAGUUGUUGGGCUUUCUCUACUGUGGGAGCAGUGGAAGGUUUAAACAAGAUUGUGACGGGUGAGUUGAUCACUUUGUCUGAGCAAGAUUUGAUCAAUUGUAACAAAGAAAACAAUGGUUGUGGAGGAGGCAAGAUCGAGACGGUCUAUGAGUUUAUCAUGAACAACGGUGGUCUUGGUACCGACAAGGAUUAUCCUUACAAAGCUUGUAAUGGAGUAUGCGAUGGUCGCCUCAAGGAAAACAACAAGAAUAUUAUGAUUGAUGGAUAUGAGAAUUUGCCUGCGAACGAAGAAUUUGCUCUAAUGAAAGCAGUUGCUCACCAGCCUGUGGCUGCCGUUAUCGACUCCAGCAACCGAGAGUUUCAGCUCUAUGAAUCGGGAGUGUUUGAUGGAACUUGUGGAACAAAACUAAACCAUGGUGUUGUUGUGGUCGGGUAUGGAACCGAGAACGGUCGUGACUACUGGCUCGUGAAAAAUUCAAGGGGCAAUACAUGGGGAGAAGCUGGCUACAUGAAGAUGGCUCGCAACAUUGCUAAUCCAAGAGGCUUAUGUGGCAUUGCGAUGCGAGCUUCAUAUCCUCUCAAUAACUCGUUUUCUGCUGAUAAAAGCUCCAUCGCCUAAUUAAUAAAAUGAACUACAUAUAUGUAUGUUUAUG